CAAAGAAGAUGUUUAUACGCUAUCGAAUGACUCAAACUCAGUUUAUUUAUGUAAAUGAGACGCCUCUCUUCACAAUUUAUAUACUCCAAGGAAAUAAUGAAAUUAAUACUUAUUGGUGAAAUCUUAUUACAACAUACUUUAGUGGGUUGUUUGACUUUCAAUGUUUUAGUUGUACAAUAAUUGUGUACAUCAUAGAACAAGUAGUUUGUUUUUGGAGACUGUUAUGACGAAGAAGUUAUAUUUGCUAUGUAAAAACCAGUUGAAUAUUUUAAGCUACAGUUUGGUUAACUUAAUGCCUUCUAAUGGACUCUACUGCAGAAAAUGGCAUCACGACAACAAAACGAGUUGGGAGGAGCUGAUUAAAGAUGUUUUUAGUAUUCGUUGCUGUCAUGUAGUCAUAGUGGAAUGAAGAAUAAAUAGAAACACUGUUUAACAAUGGCUGGAGUUCAUCCAGAAAACGAAGAGCGAUUGAACUGGAUAGAGUUUUGUGACAGACAUGCAAAAACUGCAGCUACUGACUUUGCUAAAGCAUUUUGUACCUAUGUCAGUUCUAACCUCCCAGAAAAUGCCAGGAGCACGGUGUCGCAUCGUGAUUUCGUCCGUAAAUUUGUUGACUAUUUUGUAGAUCAUUUUGAGGCAGAAUUUACAAAAAAGAACCUCGCAAAUCAUCACAAGGAAAAGAUUGUGAAUGGGAAUAAUGUCACUGCAGGCACCACGAACCCAUCUGCUCUCCGAGCAAACAGUCAUGAAGAAUUCAGUGAUUAUUCAGAGCAUGAAGCAGAUUCCCCAUCCCCCAAAACUCAUCAUAAACCAUUCUUCCGUAGACUUUCAUUCAAAGGACUAAAGAAAGGAAAAGUCUUUUUCCACAAACAGCAUUCAGAUGAAAUGGAAUUGUCAUCACAUCAUGACAAGCAUUCAAAACAUGACAAACAUUCCAAAACAAAAUUGGCAAAGAUUGUUGUAGAAUGUAGGAAAGAGGGAAUUGUUAAUUACUUGAUGGGUGAGAAUAUAGAUGGCACACAAAAGUGGGAGAAGUGUCGGCUAGCCUUGGUAAAAACUGUUGGUGGUUAUAUGUUGGAGUUUUACUCCCCUCCAAAGGCAGUGAAACCAAAAAGUGGUGUGUUUUGCUUCCUGAUCACAGAAGCAAGGGAAACUACAGCCUUGGAAAUGCCAGACCAUGAAAAUACCUUUGUUCUGAAAGCUGAGAACAACAUGGAGUACGUAAUAGAAGCUCAUGACACAGAUGAUAUGCGAUCAUGGCUGGCAACCAUCAAGUACUGCAUGAGAACCAUACAUCCAAUUCAGGAUGGGAGUAGGAGUUUACUGGCAGGAGGAAGUGAGGGUGAUAGGCUGCGAGGCCCUGUAGAACGAGGGGCAAACAAAUCCUCAGAGGCAGGUAGUGAAGUAGGUGCUGUAGGCCUGGAACAUCCGCCAGAACUUCCACCAAGACUGCAGGGAACUGCAGGAUCUCGAGCUGCUGGCAGUGACACACCAGGGCUCAGGUUAUCAAGCAACAGCAAUUUUGAGCUGUGCACAUCCCAUCCUGAAUUGGAACAAGUUGUUGCAGAGCCAGAACUAGAUCUCUCAACCUCAUUACGUGAGUACCCAUGGUUUCAUGGAACCCUGCCUCGUUCAGAUGCUGCUCAGCUGGUCCUGCAUGAAGGAGCAACAGGCCAUGGUGUAUUCCUUGUGCGGCAAAGUGAGACACGGAAGGGCGAAUUUGUGCUCACUUUUAAUUUCCAAGGGAGAGCAAAACACCUUCGAAUGACACUGAACGACCAGGGCCAGUGUAGAGUGCAGCAUCUGUGGUUUCCAACAAUUUUUGACAUGUUGGAACACUUUCGUCAGCACCCCAUUCCACUGGAAUCUGGAGGAACUGCAGAUGUGACUUUGACUGAGUUUGUGGUGGCAGCCGUUAUGCCACCAACGGGCGGACGAGGAAGUUCUGCAAGUGGACAGCCAACAGGUGCCGAGACAAGAAGGCCACCAGUCCCACCUGAACCUCGAGAGGUGGUUACACAUGGAGGCACAAUUCGUGCACGUACUGAAUCAAUGGAACGACUGCAAGAGAGGCAGAGUGGUUCAGGCAGUUCUGCUGGUGCUGGAAGAGCCAUCGAGAACACUUACAGCUUUGUGUGAUGAGAACAAGAUAUGGAAAACUAACAUCUCAUGAUGCAAAUGUAUUUAUUAAAUAGUUACAAAUAUCCAAAAUAAAUGCAGAGAUAAAAAGUAAAGUAACUCCACCUACUAGAUCAUACUUUUGAGAUACAACCGUAAACCAAAGUUCUUGAUGUUGGGUUAAUGUGCAAAGCUUUACUGUCCAAAUCUCAAUGGCCCAAGAGAAUCGUGCAUUGAUUCAUCUUCAUUUUAACACAACUUUGAAUAGAAGUACAUGAACUUGUGAACCCAUGUGCUUGUGGUGAACUACAGUAGCCAGUUCAGUUUUGAACAUAAGCACACCAUAAAGAUCUCAUCACAAUUCAUUAUGCAUUUUCCUUUCUCUGCAUCAUAAUCGCAAAGGUCUCGUUAGAUUUUAGAAUAUUUGGAACUUCAUUCUUUUUAAUUAAAUUAAUUUCUUCCCACCAACAACAUACUGAAAUGUUGUAAUGUGGAAACUGCAGAGGUUGAAACUGUGUUAAGUGAAUCGGUUGACUGUGUUCAUAUAAAUAUGAGUUUCAUGUACAGAGUGAUUAUAAAAUAACUCAAAUUAUUGCAUUACAUACUUGGUGUGUUAUAUCAAAAUAACUUAAUGCUGAGUUGGAUUGAAAUCUGUUCACGAGAUCUUAACACAAGUCAUCUGAACUGACUUUUUAUGUGUUUCCCUUGUGAAUGUGAGGGCAGUCGUCACCAUUAAUGGGCAUACUUCAUAAAACUGCAGAAGUGCAUAUUGAUAAGGCAUAUGAGAACGCAUAUCUAGAUAAACAUAUGUUUCAGAAAUUUUAGGUAUAAAAAGAGUUCUAGCUAAAAUGAAUUAAUUUCAAAUUGUGCAAGGACUGUCACUUUAAAAACAUAAAUAAAAAGUACAUAAUAUUUUGGUAAGCAUAUAGUACAGACACAAAUUAUAAAGAGGUUCCUGCAAUAUCAUUGUGCAGCAUGCUUUGGAGAUCAUAUCAGAUACUGAGUUGAAUUUCAUAAACAUGUAGACAGUAUCCCUUUAUAGUAUAUUGUGCUUCCCAGUAACUUUAUUACAUAUAAUCUUUCUUUCCCACCUCUUUGACCCUGUAAAACCUGUGAGCAAAACUAACUGCUGCUCUUUCUGCUGUGAUGUCAUGAAUAGCCAAAUUAAAAAUUAAUUUCAAGUAAUCACUUGCUGUGUGCAUGGUGAAAGAAAGAUCAUGCAUCCCAGUGGUGAUACAGUUUUAUCUGUAUAGAGAAACUACAAUUACAAGUAUAACAAGUUUUGAAAUUUACCACCACUCUUGAUGAUGUAUGAAUUUAUUCUUUUCUGCAUGUAUGAUGUAACAUUGAAGAGUAGCUUGAAUAGUGUUUUAUUGCAUUUCUCAGCAUUUUAUUUUGUUCUUAUAAUGUAUGAUGGUUAUUUUUGUACACAUCAUCUUUCAGAAAUCAUGGUCAUCAUCAGCAGCAGCAAAACAGCCCUUUUUGAGGCAAAAUCUUAGGAGAUUCUGCCAGAUUGCAUCCAGUUUACAUUUCUUUCGGUUACAACAAUUUUUUUUUUUACAAAACAAGGUUGUAAGCCUUGCUCCCACCCCAUAAUUUGGAGGACCAGGUCUGUGUACUUAUGUCACCCAAUGACAGGAGGGCUCAGCUAUAGCCCAAGGCACUGGAUGUCCUUUUCUCCACUUUCUGUGACUCACAGGGCUAUGGUGGAGGUAUUCUAACCUUCCUCCACAUGUGGGAUCUCUUAGAUAAAUGCAGAUUGCAGUAGAGAAAUCUGAGAGGCAAUGCAUUUCACAAGAUUGUGCUGUCACCAAAGAACUGUUGCAGCAUUUCCAUUCUUGAUGUUGUGGUAGAGCUGUUGCUUCAUCCUGAUGGAAUCAGCAGUUUCAUUCUCCAACUUUGACAUGAAUGGACUGCCUAAUCAGUCUUUACCGAUGUUUGAGAUGUAUGGUUUCACUGAAGAAAAAGGGAACAAUUACAUACUGAAGUGACAUGCCACAUCAUACUCCAGCUUUUAAUGUCAUGUGUAAGCAGAAUAUGAGGAUUCCCAGCAUAGAUAUGCAGCUGUUUUGUCUAUAAACAUAUCUUAAUGGAACUAAGCCUUGCUGAGAAAUAAACUUCAUGUGGAAGUAUGGUGUGGACACCAUGUUGAAUUAAGUUUCGAAACAACUGGCUGGUUUCACAGGUUCAUUUGGUUUGUGUGUGAUAGAUAUAUAUGGUGGCAUUAUUGACAUAUGCAUACUUCUAUAUGACAGUUUUCUUUAGCGAUAACAUUCUUGACACUUUGUGGACAUUUUCCACAGAUUCAUUACUCAGCAAUGUAGAUUGUCUGGAGUGCUUCCCAUUUACACUUGCUUUGUCUCAGAAACAUGUCAUUAAAAACAGCAUUGGUUUAUAUGGUACAGGAGAAUCAGGAAUUCAUGCACAGUGAUGGCAGGCUAUGGAACAAUAUGAUUUUAUUACAUAAUCUUCCACAGUAAGCAUGUGUUUCAGUUGUGUAAAAGAUGUCCUUGUACUUCAGCUGUGCACAUGCAACUGGAGCAAGCUAAGGAUAUAGGGUUUUGAGCAUAAUUAAUUCUGCAUGUCUCUCCCUGUUUCAGAUUCUUUGGACUGCUUUGAAGCUGUUUGUAUUUAUACAUUUCUAAUAGGUUGCAUGACAUUUUGAUCACUACAUAAUAAUUGGUGUACUUUUCAUUUAAAUUGUCUGUUUAUGUGUUUAGUCUGUGACCAAUAGGUUCAUAGUUUUAUAGUUGCAGGAAUCAUUUGUGCUGUCAGAAAACCUGAGAAGUAGUGCUUAACACUUUGCUUCUUAUUUGGAAGUGCAGGGACUGGAUCUUGGUUCCAAUACUGGUUAUCCUGACUGAGGUUUUCCUCCCUUUCUUGAGGUGAAUGUUGGACCAGCACCUUAAAACAAGGUUGUGACCUGUACUUUCUUGGUCCUUUUCUCAGUCAUCAUUGAUGACCUUGAUGCACUAUCAUAUUUAUGUUACAUAGCCUCAGCAUCUGAUUGAUUGAAUAAGUAAACAGUGAAACUAGUCGUCCUUUGCACACGUUCAAUUUCAUCCUCAAACACAACACAAUUGCUCCUUUAGAACAGUUAACUAAAAAAUGCAGUA